AUGGCAUCGAACCCAGUCCUGGGAGACACUACCCCUCGGCGGCUCGGCCUUAGUGCCUUUAUGCGGCAGCGACUAGGUCCCUGUUUUCCCGUUCACAUGAGCGCAUGCCUUCCUUUCCUUAAAAAGUCCAAGCAGCACCUUGCAACUCCUGAGCCGGAUCAGUUGCAUGUAGUUCCUCCGCGCACCACAGGAGACGCCGCAACAGAGGGCGAAGGGAGACUCAAUCCUUCCAUCUGCCAAAACGCACCUGUGGCAGCACAAACACCUAUCAACCCAAGUGUGCAUCAAGAAACAAAAAUAUCUGAGAUAUCUGCUGCAAAAGCAGGGAAGGAAGCAGCUGGUAGAGGCAUCCAAAGCACCCACUCGUCACCCACUGUUAUUCCUGCUUCAGCUACAUUGCCGGAUAUAUCCUUGGACGCUUCGCAUCAGCAGGCCAUUACUGAGGAGCAAAUGCAGCUACAGCUGCGUGAACUGCAGCGGUCUAUUGCCAAAUGGUCGGCCAAACUCGUUGCAGCUCAAGCAGCAGCAGCAGCAGAACUGCAGCAGCUACUUAGAAGAGCAGAAGUUGCCGCGCUGCUUCAGGAACAAGAUACAGCAACAUGCAAAUAG